GACACUUCAUUCAUCCUUUUCAAAUUCAAAGUUUCAUUUCAUUUGAACGAGAAGCGAAGAGAAAAAAGACUACUACACUACUGCUUACUACUUACAAAAAUCAUCAAACACAUUACAAGAAAAAGAAGAAGAAACCAAAGAUGGCUUCAUGGGUUCGUACAAUCAAAGCUCCAUUCAAGAAGUUGUUCAAUCAACAACAAAGCAACUCAAGAGAUAAGAAAUCUCAACAAGAACAUGAUAAUCGAAUAGUAAUGGAUUUGCAAGGAGAAGUAAUGGCGUGUGCAUACGAAGACGUUCAAGUUAUGUGGUCGAUGCUUGAUAAAUCCAAGCAAAGAGUUUGCACCGUUAAUUAGUUCUGACGAUAUAUCAACUACGGCGAAGCUGAUCAUCUAUUCAUGGCCAUAUCAUUGACGAAGAAAAUCAUAUUGGCAUGGGUAUAUGUCUGCAAACAAUCUGUAUAGUUAAUUUGUAGCUAGGAAUCCGAAGAAGAAGAAGAAGAAGAAGAAGAAGAAGAAGAAGAAGAAGAAGAAGAAGAAGAAGAAGAAGAAGAAGAAGAAGAAGAAGAAGAAGAAAGUACUUGAAGAUCAGAUGAUGGUGAUGGCAUAUAAGAUAAUAGCUACUUAAUUCAUGCUUUUAUUUUGUACCUUGUAGCUGUUUAAUUCAUAGCCGUCCUAUUAAUUUUGAUGUUUGUUGUUAUAUAGCAAAUCCCCAUGGUUUAUAUUGAAAUUUAUCAUGGUGUGAUUUAAUGGAUAAGAAGGGAAAAAAAACAGUGGAUUUUGUUUUUUCA